AUGAUUAAUUUAAAAUUAGUUCGAAAGGCUAUACACAUUCCUGAUAAUUUGGGACAUUGGGAUAUUUGCAGUGAUGAUAUAACAGAAAAAUAUCAGAAGCAAAUUGAUGACACAUCCCCAUUUGUUAAGAAAAUAAUUAAAGCCCAUGCUCGAGUGCUUUUGUAUUAUGGGGAUACUGAUAUGGCUUGUAAUUUUAUGCUUGGACAAGAAUUUUGUUCGAAAUUGGGAUUAAAAUUAGUUGUUGGUAAACAACCGUGGAUGUAUGGACAUCAAAUUGCUGGAUUUAAAACAAUUUAUGCUAAAGGGCUUACUUUUGUUACUGGCAAGGAAUUUUUAUAUUAA